AUGAACAUUUCCAUCGUCUCAUGGCUUGUUCUUGCGAUAUCCACCAUCUCCAUUUUCUCCUACGUUGCUGGGGCUUCAGCUCCAGUCCGGUGUCGCGGAGUCGACCAGAGAUCGCUCUUGCUCAAGCUGAGAAACAGCCUCGUCUUCAACGCCUCUGUGUCUUCCAAGCUAGUACAGUGGGACCAAAGCGUUGAUUCAUGGAGCAACGUGACGUGCGAGGAUGACCUUGUCGUCGGUUUCGAUUUGAGCAAUGAGUCGAUCUCUGACGGAAUCGACGGUUCGUCGAGUCUCUUGAGGCUCGAGCUCCUUCGAAGACUGAAUUUGGCGUUCAACGGCUUUAACUACUUGCCGAUUCCUUCGGGCCUCGCAAAUCUCAGCCGCUUGACACAUCUCGACUUGUCCUAUGCCGGAUUCGCCGGGCAAAUUCCAGCGGGACUAUCGUGCUUGACGAAGCUACGCACUCUUGAUCUCACUAGUGGCAGGGACUAUUAUCCGGCUUUGCUGUUCCUUGGGCAGCCCUCUUUGAGUUUGCUGAUUGGGGAUUUGAGGGAGUUGAGAGAGCUAUACCUUGAUGGGGUAGAUGUGUCUGCUGAGGGAAGUGAGUGGUGUGACGCGUUGACUUCUUCAGUGUCGAAACUUGAGGUGUUGAGCAUGUCUUACUGUUAG